CCAUUCUCCACACACGCCCUACAUAGCGCCCGCCAUCACGAUUCACGCCAGCCGCCCGCGCUCUCCGCGCCCGUCCGUCUGACGGUGGCAGGGACCGCACCCCCCUGGCCGCCUGGCGUGCCAAGUACAGGGGACUUGCAUCGAACGCACAUCACGGGAGGGAUUCACAGCCUACUCUACAGGUUGCUCGGUGAGAUUUGAUACAAAUAACCAACAGCAUUCCACCCACGGCAUGGCGGCGGUGCACUUUCCAUUCAGUUAUGCCACUAACCCCCGAACAGGACAGGACAGAGUAGUGGGAGGCGGACCGCGUACUCGACUCCACCUACACCCAUACACCCAAAGCUCGAGCGAGCGAGCCAGCUCUUCCCCUUCUCUCCUCCUCCUCCUCCUCCUCACACUCCCCUUCGCCGUACCGAACGAGCACGAAUGAUCAGCGCCUGUUUCCCGACCCUCUCUCGGCUCUUCCACCGACACCGUGACGCGGCCGCGGGCGUGGAGAUCACCGACGGCCCGGACGUUCCGCCCGCGCCGAAAACAUACACCUACAGCACGCCGUCGAAAGUCCCACUAAAGGUCGACGUCUACCUCCCCACGCGACAUCCCGGCUGGCCGUCCCCAACCAUCAUCUUCUUCCACGGGGGGGCACUCCUCUACGGAGACCGACGGUUCAUUCUUCGGGGCCUGUGCGACGACUGCGUUUCCCGCGGCUGGACCUUCCUCUCGUACGACUACCGCAAACUCCUCCCCUGCACCGGCCACGACCUCCUCCAAGACCUGCAGGCUGCCUUCACGCACUACCACACGGUGCUCGUACCGGCACACAACCUCAGCGCGACCAACGUCUUCGUCGCGGGCUACAGCGCAGGCGGGUACCUGGCGCAGCUCGCCGCGAGCCACUGGGAGCCGAAGCCUCUCGGCCUCUUCCUCGUCGCCGCACAAGGCGGCAAACUCCUAUCCCCGCACCACUAUGGCCUGAAGCGGCGCGACUCCUCCACCAACCCCACCACUACCACCACUACCACCCCCAGCACCACCACCGACCCCCCGCCCACCGAAGAAGUGGCAACGUAUCUCGCUGGCGAGACACGCACGAUCGGCGCGCUACCGCAGAGCGACGCGACACAGUCGGCCGAGUUCUGGGCGCGGAUGCGAGUCGCGCAAGAAGUCUGGCGGCGCGGACUAUACCUCGACAUCGUGACGGGGAUAUCUGGGCUGGGGGCGCGACUGCGCGACGUCGCCGCCGCCGACGAUGCCGCGCGCGAGCGCCUCAUCCCCGAAUCCACUAGGUGCCUCUUUCCAGAACUCCUCAUCGACGAGACGUUCCCGCCCGCGUUCGUGGUGCAUGGGGAUAUGGACGCGAGCGUCCUGCUCGAGGAGAGCGAGGCGCUUGUCAACCGCCUCAAGGCGAAGUAUGUUCUCGCCCAGCUGGUCGUCAUCGAGGGGUGCGCGCACCAGACUAUGGUCUACGACAUGAUCUAUCGCAACUACAUGUCGGGCGUGAUGACGUUCUUUGAGGGGAGGAUGGUGGGCGACGAGGGCGAGGAUGAGGUCGUGGGGCUCGGCGAGGACGAGGAUGAGGAGGAUACAUAAUAGACUCCGGAGACUCGGGAGUCCUGGUGAUGCUGCGUGAUGACUAAGGAAGCAUGAACUUUGCGGAGGGCGAGCUGACUCUCUUGCGUUUUGGUGCAUUAUAUACUCAUGUAGAAGAUGUAUACUGUGAGAUGAGCGCAGAAUGCGGGCAGGCGGUCCUGCGUCGGGCCGACAUAAUUCUACUUCCACGGGCAGGCGGGUCCUGCGCCGAGGC